AUGCUCUGUUGUGUACUUUAUAAACUUUCGGGGUGGCUGCGUUUUACUGGUUAUUCUGUUUUGUCUAUGACUGUCAAAGUUCAUCUCUGUUUCCUACUCCAAAGACGUCGGACUGCACUGAUAGCAUAUUAUCGCCUAGUAAGCUAUAAGGCUACCUUAAACAUUCCCGUUUUCCCCUUUCCGAUUGGACUCAGUGGGAAAACUAGUCAGAUACGCCAAGACCUAAUUAUUGGAAAUGUGUCGAUGACAGAUGCAGAUUUCAUUCUUCACGAUGGCCCUCCUUAUGCAAAUGGUCCUAUCCACUUCGGGCACGCGCUAAAUAAGAUCCUCAAGGACUUUGUGGCUAGGUAUCAGAAAUUAAAUGGAAAAUCUGUCUCUUUCAUUCCCGGUUGGGACUGUCAUGGGCUACCCAUCGAGUUGAUAUCUGUCGGACACAAUCUGUCAUUGCCUCCCACGGAAGUUAGAAGAGCUUCUCUACAACGUGCCAUCCUGUCUAUGACUGAUCAGCUGGCCGCAUUUAAAGAGCUAAACGUUCUCGCUGAUUGGAAUCGACUGUAUUCCACCCUGGAUCCAUCCUACCAAGCAACCGUGAUACGUGCAUUUCAUGACCUCUACGUGAAUGGUUUCAUUGUACGUGAACACAAGCCAGUGUAUUGGUCGAGAACUACCCGAUCUGCCAUCUCCGACUCUGAACUCGAGUAUAACUCUGAACAUGAGAGCCCUUCUCUGUACUUUCUUGUGGAAUUGUUGAUGCAACCUGCAUGGAUCCCAACUCGGUAUCGCAGAUACCCCACCGAUGUUGUCGUUUGGACCACCACUCCGUGGACAAUUGUGGCCAAUGAAGCGAUCAUUUUCAGUCCUUCAGAAGAAUAUUCUGUUCUUCUGGACAGGGCGACCGAGAGAAAUUUGAUUGUGGCAAGCCACUUUGUGCCCUUGCUGUACAAACUACUCGAUCGUGCUCCGAGUCGAUUUGAGCUUAUUAAAUCCUUACGAGGUGAAUGCUUCGAAAACUACGCAUACGAGCCUCCCCUUAGUCGACAACGGGUUCACCACCCUCACGACUACCGUUGGCGCCACUGCUACCGUCUCAUGCCGGGCGAAUUCGUGGAGCACGACAAGGGCACAGGUUUUGUACACUGUGCACCGGCCCACGGCAAGGAGGACUUCGAUUUUGCUCGGCGCCACAGUCUCCCUCUCCGAGCAUUGGUGGACGCGGAGACGAAAUUCACGCGGGAGGCUGGUGCUGAUUUGGCCGGACUGUUUGUACAGGACGAGGGCAACUCGGCAGUGAUAAAUCGCCUAGGCGAUCGAGUUCUUGCUCUGGGCACCAUUCAACACAGCUACCCUUAUGAAUGGCGCACCAAGCAACCGGUCAUUACUCGCCUCUCUAAACAGUGGUUCAUUAACACGGACAAGCUAGAGGGUCCCGCUAAGAUAGCCUACGCCGACGUGGACGUCUUUCCCCCCGAACGCAAAUCCAUGAUGCAGGCUUUCAUUGAGAAGCGUCCCUUCUGGUGUAUUUCACGUCAACGUAACUGGGGCGUGCCAAUUCCUGCCCUUUUCCACAAGCAUCACCACAAUCGUGUCCUUGUUGAUGGAGACUUCAUCGAAGCUGUAGCAGAGCGUGUUUCAAAGGAGGGCAGCGAGUUCUGGUGGGACUCAGCGAUAUCAAACUCACAGCUUAUUCCACCUGGAUGCUUGGAAAAGUGGAACCUCACUCCUUGUGCUGCUGAUACCGAGUUGAUUCGAGGAACGGACAUUUUUGAUGUGUGGUUCGAAUCGGGUCUCUCGUGGCUGGCUGUGUUACCGAAGGAUCGUGUUGCCGAUGUCUGCGUGGAGGGUUUGGAUCAGUUUCGAGGAUGGUUCUCCUCUUCCCUUCUCCUCUCCGUGGCGCUGACUAAAAGAGCUCCUUUCAAAAGUCUGGUGGUGCACGGCUUUACAGCGGACUCGGAGGGUCGGAAGAUGUCCAAGUCCCUGGGCAAUGUGCUCUCGCCGCAGGAGGUGCUUAGUGCAACCGGCGGGUGCACCGACGUGCUGCGGCGGUGGGCCGCGGCCUCCAGUCUCGGCACGCGCUCCACCGUCAGCACUAGUUCCUUCAACGCGCACACUGUGGCCUAUAAGAAGCUGCGCAAUAUGUUUCGUUUUAUGUUGGGCAAUGUGCAUGACCUCGUGGCAGCAGAAGGCCGUGUAACAUCGCCACUGUUAACGGGCUCUUCAUCGACAUUAGCUACCACAGAGACACUUUCUCUGCUUGACAAGUGGUGUCUCUGUCUGGUCGGAAACUUCUGUGUCAACUGUUUUGAGGUCUACUACCCACAACACCGCUAUGAAGGCCUUAUUGCGGAUUGCGACCAGCUGGUCUCUCGCAUCUCUACCACGUACUUUAAUGCCGUGAAGGAUAUACUCUACUGCGACGCCUCAGACAGUGCUGAUCGCAGAGCCGUCCAACAUACCUUUAUUCUCAUUACCAAGGUCCUCCGCUACUGUCUCGGCCCUAUCCUACCCGAUCUCAUGGAAGAGGUGGAUGCCGCUCUCGGUGUUUCCUCCAAUACCAUCACUGGGGUAGCACAGCUACUUCUCCCAGCGGCGGUCGAGUGGUCGCGUGACUUUGCUCACUUGCCAGUGGCAGUGGCGCGGGCCUGUGCUCUCCGACAGGCCAUUGCCGCCAGACAACGCACCGAAGUUGAUGGUGAAGGAGCUCAACUCUGGCCUGGGCCUGCUGAAAACCCUCUCGCUCGAUUGCACAUUAUCUUAGAUGAGAACGGGACCGGCGACAAGGGAUUUGAGGAUCUAAAGUGUCUCAAUGAAGACGUGGACGCAGGGUACAAGUCGGUGCUGUGUAAAAUCCUGCGGUGUGCUUCGGUGCGCUUCGGUAGCACAUCAGAACGCGCCAACUGCAUCGAGCUGUGUCUGGACGACGUGCAUGAGGUGGUGAAUGGCGAGAAAGUGGAGCUGGACCCGGAGGUUGAUUUGCGUCGCUUCACCUGUCUCCUACGCGUGGCGCAUGACUCCACCCAAUGUCCGCGCUGCCGUCGCUAUUGUUCGAUCAAUAAAGCGCUGUGCGCUCGAUGCGCACCGCUGGUGUUGGGCCUGCAACGGGCGUCGCAUUGA